CGCAUAAUUCAAUUUAUGCAAUCGCAUUAAUAAUUAUGCGAUCGCAUAAUUCAAUUUAUGCAAUCGCAUAAAUAAUUAUGCGAUGGCAUUAUUAUUUAUGCAAUCGCAUUAAUUGAAUUAUGCGAUAGCAUUAAUCCCAUAAAUGCAAUCUCUUAAAUAUCUAUCCAUUUAUGCAGUCGCAUAAAUAUUUUUGCAAUCGCAGAAAACAUAUUUUUCGACCAAUCAAAAUCUAUAUAACAUCGAUUGAAACUUCCCUUCAUUUUUAAGGAGAAGUCCAAGUACCUCCGAAUGAACUUUAAUUAAGACUGCAAGUGACAGUGCUAACAAUUUCAUGUAACUUGUAAGAUGGUAAAUUCGAUGGAUAGGAGGAUCUUGCAGACAUGUAGCCUGGCAUCCUGACACAAUCUUAUAAUUCCUCGAUCUACUGUCGUGCAGUUACUGAGUUAGCCAGGAUCACAGGCUCUGAGGCUGGCAAGAUGGCGAUUCGCACAAGGCGUGGAGGAGGUAGAGAUAAUCUCAAUCUGGUGAACUUCUUAUCUACUUGUGAUGGCGUUGUCCAGGAUGUUGCUAGAUUAUUGAGAACUGAUCAUAGCGACGUAAACUAUGUUGAUUCAUCGCUUUUGCGAAUACAGACUCUUGCAACAAAUCUAAAUAGGGUGUGUCAUAGCCAUCCAGAAAAUACAGAGUUACUGCGUUUGGUACAGUUACUUCAGUCUGACAUCAAGGAAUUGAAAAGUGCAUCCUCAGGUACAGCAUAUAAGGCUACUAGAACAAUUCAAGGCUCAGCUGGCCCCCCAUCUUAUGAUAUAACUAGAGAUCAACUUGAGUUUUUUUUGGAAUUGGGUUUCAAGGGAACUGAUAUGGCAAAGAUGCUCCAAGUAUCAAGAUCUACUGUAAUGAGAAGAUUGAGGUUCUUCACGUUAUCAAUAUCUGACACCUUCACUGUUCUUUCCGAUGAUGAGUUGGAUUUGUUAAUCAAGCCAAUGGUUGUUGAAAACCCAUACCUGGGAUAUAGAUCUGUAAAGGCUCGUUUAAGAAGUCUUGGCCAUGUAUUCCAAGAGGGCAAAGUACGUGAAGCUCUUAUUAGAUGUGAUCCUACAGCUGCAGCAUUGAGAUGGUCUGACACAAUACAUAGGAGAAAAUACUGUGUAGCUGGGCCAAAUUCCCUUUGGCAUAUUGAUGGAAAUCAUAAGCUAAUCAGGUGGCGAUUUGUGAUUCACGGCGGAAUUGAUGGAUUCAGCCGCCUGAUUGUAUUUAUGGGAGUGGCCACAAACAACAAGUCUUCCACAGUAUUUGAUUUAUUUCUAAAUGCCACAACAACUUGUGGACUACCAUCUCGAGUGAGAACUGAUCAUGGAGGUGAAAAUGUUGAUGUUGCCAAUUUCAUGGUCUUACAAAGAGGACCUGGGAGAGGGAGUAUAAUACAAGGAAGGAGUGUUCAUAACCAGAGGAUAGAGAGAUUGUGGCUAGAUUUGUUUAAAGGCUGUACAAAUGUGUUUUAUGACUUAUUUACAUUUCUGGAAGCUGAACAUAUUCUGAACAUAGAAAAUGAGAAGCACAUAUUUGCCCUUCAUUUUGUUUUUAUUCCAAAGAUCCAGGCCUCGCUACAAAUAUUUCUGAAUCAGUGGAAUAAUCAUAAGCUUAGCUCUGAAAAUGGAAAAACUCCAAACCAAUUGUUUUUGAAAGGGGUCCUUCAGCAGUAUCAUAGUGAGUCAAGUGUCAUCAAAGACCUUUUCAAUGAGAUUGAUGAUGACUUUGGCAUUGACUGGGGAGGUCCAGUACCUGAUACUGAAGAUGAGAAUAUUGAAGUUACAAUUCCAGAAACACAGUUUCAUCUGUUGGACACAAGUUUACAAGAACUAAGAACACAAGUUUUUCCCCUUCUAGAAAAUAGAAAUGAUUUUGGAAUUUCUGAAUACCUUGUAACAUUAGAUUAUUUGGACCAUUAUCAACAGUAAUUUUGAUUUAUUUACAAAUUAAAAUUUUAUUGAUUAGUCCCUCUACAAAGUAUUUAUAGUGUCAAUGUCCUCAUGCACAUCCACACUUGCUUAAAAUCUAAGAUCUUAUCCUAGGAACAAGAAGGGACGACAUCAAAAGUUCAAUGUAGGAUAAAAAACUUAAUUCACAUAGUUUUUUCAAUGAUCCUUCCCUCUCCCUUUUUUAACUUCAUUUGGGAAAAAUUGACUGAUCAAUAUGGAUACCUGUAAAAUCAAUGUCAAAUAAACAAAUCUUGCAGCAUUUUUUACCCCCACACCCCAAACUAUUUGAUUUCGUUUUUAUACGCCCGUUUACGGGAUGUAUUAUGGUAUACCGUUGUCCGUCUGUCCGUCCGUCGUCAACAUGUCGGACAUUAACUCAAAAACGCUUUAACCAAUUUGCAUAAAACUUUGGUGAAUUGUUUAUAUCUAUUGACGUGAGCUCCCUUUCGUUUUUUAUAAAUUUUAAAUUUUACGUUUCUGAGUUAUGGGGUUUUAUUCAUUAAAAAAGGGGUGAUUUUCCAGUUUUCGGACCAUAACUCAAGAAUGCUUUCACCAACUUGCAAGAAAUUGUGGUGAAUUGUUUAUAUGUAUUGACAUGAGCUCCCUUUCGAUUUUUAUAAAUUUUAGAUUUUAUAUUUUCUAGUUGCAGGGUUUUAUUCAUAAAAAAGGGGGAUUUUCCAGUUUUCGGACAAAAACUCAAAAAUGCUUUCAGCAGUUCUUAUGAAACUAUGGUGAAUUGUUUAUAUCUAUUUAAGUAAGCUCCCUUUAGAAUUUUAUAAAUUUUACAUUUUACAUUUCUGAGUUAUGGGGUUUUAUUCAUUAAAAAAGGGGGGAUUUUCCAGUUUUCGGACAAUAACUCAAAAUUGCUGUGAGCAAUUCUCAUGAAACUUUGGUGAAUUGUUUAUAUCUAUUGAUGUAAGCUCCCUUUUUAUUUUCAUAAAUUUCUAGUAUGACAUUGAGAAUAAAUUGAACUUUAUUUGUUUAUAGUCUGACAACAGAUUUACUAAGUAUUGCGCAACAGCACAGUGUAUUGCACAACAGCAAGAAAUCUUUAAUUGAAUAUAAUUUCAAUUCAUAUAACCAAUUUCAAGUUCUUUGACUACAUUUAUUCAAAAACCUGUAAUAUGUCAAAUAUUUAAUUACAAUCCAAAUUCAGACCUGUAUCAAGCUUGAAUAUUGUGUCCAUUUUUGCCCCAACUGUUCAGGGUUGGACCUCUGUGGGCGUAUCCAACUGCGCUCAGCGAAGCAGUUUAUUUUUCAUUUAUUGAUCUUUUGAUGCCCUCCCUAGGAGGUACUUGAAGGAACUUGUCAGCUUGUAUACACUGAUCUAUGUUUAAUUGUUAGAGAUCAUCCUUCAGCAAGAAUAAUUUCACUGAGAGAUAUUUGUAGUUUUUUAUGUUCCAGAGGUUAGGCGAAGGGGGUAUUAAUUUUUACCAGUGUCUUUCCAUAAUUUUGUCCAUACAUACAUUUGUACAUCCCAAAAUUGGUUUCCAUUCUUUAACGACUAACGUCACAGUACCCAAGUUGCAUGGAGUACCCCAAUUGCAUCUAUUCAACAAAAACCGCUGGGGAAAUCUUAAAAAUUUUCUUUGAAACAAAAUAAUUUGUAAUUUUGUUAUUUGACAUUAAACACGUCUUUCAUGAAAGGUAAAAAUAUAAAAUAUACAUAAAACAUUCACGUAUACAUAAAUCAAUAGAUUCAAAAUUCUAUCUAGGAGUUACGCCGCUUUGAACUUAUUUGCCUCAAUAAGCUACUGUAACAGUUUGUCAUCGCAGCCCCUCUGAAACCACACAACAGAAUUUCAUGAAACUUUUUAGAUAAUGAUAUGUAGGGAAUUAUGUUUUUUUUUCUGCGAGUUACACCCCUUUGAACUUAUUUGCCUCAAUAAACUAUUGCAACUCCUCUGAAACCACACAGCAGAAUUUCAUAAAACUUUUUAGAUAAUAUGGACAUACUAUGUAGACCUGCAUAUCAACAGGAAAUUAUGAUUCAAUUGUUUUUAUACGCCCGUUUACGGGACGUAUUAUGGUAUAUCAGUGUCCGUCCGUCUGUCUGUCGUCAACAUGUCAGACAUUAACUCAAAAAUUCUUUCACCAAUUUGCAUAAAACUUUGGUGAAUUGUUUAUAUCUAUUGACGUGAGCUCCCUUUCGUUUUUUAUAAAAUUUAGAUUUCACCUUUCCGAGUUAUGGGGUUUUAUUCAUUAAAAAAAAGGGGGAUUUUCCAGUUUUCGGACAAUAAGUCAAGAAUGCUUUCACUAACUUGCAAGAAAUUGUGGUGAAUUGUUUAUAUCUAUUGACAUGAGCCCCCUUUCGAUUUUUAUAAAUUUUAGAUUUUACGUUUCCGAGUAACAGGGUUUUAUUCAUAAAAAAAGGGGGGAUUUUCCAGUUUUCAGACAAAAACUCAAAAAUGCUUUCAGCAAUUCUUAUGAAACCUUAAUGAAUUGUUUGUUUGUAUUGAUGUAAGCUCCUUUUAGAAUUUUAUAAAUUUUACAUUUUACAUUUCUGAGUUGUGGGGUUUUAUUCAUUAAAAAAAGGGGUGAUUUUCAAGUUUUCUGGCAAUAACUCAAAAAUGCUGUCACCAAUUCUCAGGAAACUUUGGUGAAUUGUUAAUAUCUAUUGAUGUAAGCUCCCUUUUUAUUUUCAUAAAUUUCUAAUAUGACAUUGAGAAUUAAUUGAACUUUAUUUGUUUAUAGUCUGACAACAGCAGAUAUACUAAGUAUUGCACAACAGCAAGAAAUCUUUAAGUGAAUAUAAAUUCAAUUCAUAUAACCAAUUUCAAGUUCUUUGACUACAUUUAUUCAGAACCUAUAAUAUGUCAAAUAUUUAAUUACAAUCCAAAUUCAGACCUGAAUCAAGCUUGAAUAUUGUGUCCAUUUUUGCCCCAACUGUUCAGGGUUGGACCUCUGCGGGCAUAUCUAGCUGCGCUCAGCGAAGCAGUUUAUUCUAUGAGUUAUACCUCUUUGAACUUAUUUGCCUCAAUAAAACAAUGAACUUAUUUGCCUCAAUAAAACAACAACAACAACAAUACUUUAUUUUAAGAGGUUUACACAGUUAGCUAUAUAACUAAUCUUCCCUGAGGCCCUCAUCAUGAAAAUCAAACAAAAUGCAAACAUAUACAUUGCAUACAUCAGAAUAAAAAGUCAAGUAUGAUAAUAACGUUCAAUACAACUUGAUAAGAUGUUAUGAAAAUAAUCAGUUUUCAAUAUUAAUUAUACAGCUAGGUAUAAAUAAUAUACUUCUGAAACAGUUUGUCAUUGUAACUCUUCUAAAACCACACAACAGAAUUUCAAUCAACUUUGUAGAUAAUAAUUAGGACAUACUAUGUAGAUGUGCAUUUUAACAAUAAGUAAUGAUUCAAUUUUUUUUAGAGUUAUUUUAUUUGUCUAGUGACAAUGUGGUGGUGUCGGGUAUGUGACCACGCUCACUAAGGUUCUUUAAUUGUGAUAUUUAGUAACAAGAUUUGUGUUUACGAAAUGCUACAACCAAAUAAUUUUUUUUUGGCAUGUGAACUUAGAAUGUUGGCUAACAUAUCAAGAAUGAGUAUCCUACUGAUCGAAUAAUUUUUUUGAAAGUAAUUGUCUUUGAAAAUAGGUAAUUUUGCCAAAAUAUUAGUUUUCUGGACUUACUUUUCUUAAUAGGUAAUGACUGCUUCGCACUGUCAUAAAUUAAGUGUUCACUUCUGUUUAUAUGUUUAUAUAUUUUUACAGAGAAUGUAAUUUAUUCAUUUAUUUAAAUAAAUGUGAUUAGCUUUA